UGGUGAUCCUGUUUCAAUCGCGGGCCGGACAGUCCAUGCGGUCUCACAUCGCAUGAGGCAAAUUCGUGCACGUUUAGUCCAUUUAGACAGUUCGACUGAGCUGAUCGCCGAUCGCCGUGCGCCGAUCGCCGUAUACCGUGCAUCCUGCAGCACAGAGCUUUCAUAAUUUUCAUAGUUUUUUUUUUCCUCCUUGGGAUUUGGAUGUUGGGAAACAGAACAUCUGAAGCCUCGUUGCUACUGCCUGUUGGACGAUCCUGGAUCAAACGCGCCCCGAACCUUGGGGUGAGUGGUUGGCUUGCAGAGCUCCAGCUUGUGACUCUGCUCAUGAUGGCAAUUCAGUCAUGCACUUGCGCAAGCCUAGGGUGUGGUGCAACUGAGGCCAAGGGCUGAAAGGGAAGGAUGCUAUGCUUGGCGCACGCCGUGAUCGAGAGUGAGCCUCUGCGAUCGAGCCAUGUUCUUUCGGCGCCGAAUUGGUGUCUGAGGAGUUGUGAAAAGAAACGGCAGCGCGCUGCCGUCGCUGCGGGUGCACGCCGCGGAGAGGCAAUUGGUCGAAAUUCCAUUGACACAGAUCUGGACACUGGCAGAAGUGGAUGGUGCACGUGACACAUAGACAUAGGCAUGAAAUUUGGUUCAAAGAGCUAAAUUCAAAGAGGCUUUGCAUGCAAAACACACAUCGCUAUUGGGUUGGAGGCCAUCGCUGAGGCCAUCGCGUUCGUAGGUUUCAGGUGCCAGUCGCCCAGGGCCCCCUUGUCACGGAGCGAACGAUCGAAUGCUUUCUGCAUGGGCGCGGUCUGCGCAACUGAGCCGGUGGCCCUUCCAUUGGCCCUGGCACUGCAGGAAGAUGAUUUGUCUGAGCGUCUCGAAGCUUUGAACUUGGCUGAAUGCCUGGAGCAGGAGGCCGCCCGACGGGCCCGCUUGCAGGCGCAGAGUGGGCGCCAGGUCGAGACAUGGUUCAUGAUGCCCAUGGGUCCGGGCCAUAAAAUGUUUCUUUUAGGGGUCAUCACUUCAAUCAAGACAAGGAGACGAAGAGCUGGGACCCGAAGAUCAGAGCAGGACACGCAUCACCACGGACACGCCCUCUUUUUUGCGACGUCCGAGGCAGCAGCGUUCCACGCGUUGCUCGCGCUGCCGGAGCUCGCGCGCGGUCUCUGUGUGCUCUGGGGCUUAAAGACCUCCCGGCGCUUUGCUGCUGUGGCGAAGAACGGUGGCAAAAGUGUGAGGGGACUGCUUCCCAAUUUGCACGAAGAGGCUGUUCCACAGUUCUAUGUGAUGGGAGGAUGCUUGGCAACAACUGAACUUGCAAGCGCCCAGCAUUACAAUCCGGAGACCAAUUCCUGGAAGUUGCUGCCUCCUAUGCCAACGGAACGUCGAUGGUGCGCUGGUGCUGCAUUAAAGGGGUGGCUGUACGUGAUCGGCGGGCAACAGGAAGGCCAUAUCCUUCCAACCGCUGAGCGCUUUGAUGUUGAGACCGGGCGGUGGGAAGCCUUGCCAGACAUGCCAACAUGUCGAGAGGCCUGUGCCGUUGCAAGUUGCGCAUCCUACCUGUACGUGCUGGGCGGGUGUCAGCAUGACGUUCCUUUGUCUGUGGCAGAGCGCCUCCAUGUUGAGGCCGCGUCUACGUGGCCGGUGGCCGUAGCAGCGGUCACUUCCUGGCCUCGGCCGACGUCCUCGAGGGCGGAGCGACGGCGACGGUCCGUUGGUCGCGGCUGCCUCCCAUGCCCACGGCGCGCUUGGGAUGCUUUGCCGCCGCCGCCCGGUCCUCCGUGUACGUGGCCGGAGGCCAUGCAGGGCGCGGUCGUGCGCUGGCCAUCAUCGAACGCUUUGACGUGGCGGAAUACUUCUGGGAGCUCUUGACGAAUAUGCCGUCUGCACGAUUGGGAGCUGUAAGUCUUUGUUGGCAACCCUCCCAGCUCCGUGGCCGAGACCUGCAUUUAUACAUCUUCGGCGGCCACAACGGGCAAGGAGCUGUUGACUUGGCAGAGCGGCUUGAGCUGGAGAGCGACGGCAUCUCGAACCCCAGGUGGGAAAGAUUGCCUUCCAUGAUUACACCUUGCUAUUCAUCUGCAGGAGCGGUCUUGGCUUGGUAACGCUGCUUCUUCGGGAAUCGACGUGGGUCCGACAGGAGAUGCCUGACGAAUGGUGCGCCACUUCCGGACUGAGAAGGUUGUGAGAUGCGUUCCUGCGGUCGGCUCCUGAUGCGCUGCGAAUAGCUCCUGAUGGCGAUGGGUAGCCGGGUAGCAGCUAAUUGCGGCCGGAUCGUGGCCUCCACCCGUGUGGAGGCCUCACCUUUGCGGAGCUGAGGAG